AGCACUCGAAAUCUUUGCAGACGUACGAAAUAUAUUGACACUAGAGAUAUAGAGAAAGAGAAAAGCCGAAAGGGGUGGUGAUAAAAAGCUGACACGAGCCACAGGGACCGUUAGCUUAGCCGGCGCCAAUAUUCGUUGAGCUUCUUCCUCUUCAUCUUCCCCUUAUAACCAAACACCAAAACACCCCCCAUUUUCUUUCUUUUCAAAACUCACCAGGCCACCCACAGAUCUUUCCCACUUCACAAACACACUCCCUCUACAUCCGCCUCUGGAUAUUUUUCCGCUUUACACAGAAAGGGUCCCUUUGUUUCUUGUCCAUAGUUGUUCAUACAUAUAUAGAGAGAGAAAUUUGUAUCUCUGGGAAGCAGAAAUUUUUUGGAGGAUCUUUUUGCUAGCCUUUCCUUUUGAUUGGUGAUGGAGAGCAGCAAAGGCUUCUCUUCUCCUCAGAGCCACGCGUUCCCUGCCGGAUUGCGGGUUCUCGUCGUCGAUGACGACCCCACAUGGUUAAAGAUCCUCGAAAAGAUGCUCAAGAAAUGUUCUUAUGAAGUUACCACAUGCGGUUUAGCAAGAGACGCCCUGAAACUGCUUCGCGAAAGGAAGGGUGGAUAUGACAUUGUUAUUAGCGAUGUUAACAUGCCUGACAUGGACGGCUUCAAACUCCUAGAACUUGUCGGCCUCGAGAUGGAUCUUCCUGUAAUAAUGAUGUCUGUGGAUGGAGAGACGAGCAGAGUUAAGAAGGGCGUUCAACAUGGGGCUUGCGAUUAUCUCCUCAAGCCCAUCAGAAUGAAAGAGCUCCGCAACAUAUGGCAGCACGUCUUUCGAAAGAGGAUCCACGAGGUAAGGGACAUUGAGAGUCUUGAAGGUCUUGAAGGUCUUCAGGUAACCAAAAGCGGGUAUGAUUGGUUUGAUGAUGGGCAUUUCUUUAGUGGAGAAGAUAUGUCGACACCGACAAAGAAAAGGAAAGACCUAGAAAAUAAGCACGAUGAGAAAGACUUCACCGAUCCUUUGUCUUCCACGAAGAAAGCUAGAGUAGUUUGGUCUGUUGAUCUCCAUCAGAAAUUUGUGAAAGCAGUGAAUCAGAUUGGAUAUGAUAAAGUCGGUCCCAAGAAAAUACUGGACUUGAUGAAUGUUCCAUGGUUGACAAGAGAAAAUGUUGCCAGCCACCUGCAGAAGUACCGGCUUUACUUGAGCAGGUUGCAGAAGGAAAAUGAUUUGAAAAUUUCUUAUGGUGGGAUGAAGCAUUCGGAUCUAAACCCACAAGACGCUGCCAGAGCAUUGAGCCAUCAGAACUCCAUCAAUUUCCAGCAAAAUGAUGCUACAAAUGGCAACUUGAGAUUUUCGGGCAACAACUUGCUCAUCCAGAAUUUGAACUCCAAAAGCAAUGAAAUCGACGCCAGAGGGACUAUAAUCACCGAGAAAUCUGGUACAGGAAUCAGUCACUCACUCUCUCCACUGGAGAAGGAAAUGAAAUUCGCAGCUUUUGAUGGUAUUACCCCGAGAUCAUACCCUUGGAGAGAAGUUCCAGAAAUCCAAUUUCACCAAGAAAAUGCUGGGAAUCAACCAGAAGAUUGCUUUGGCCGCAUGGCUGUGCCUAUGGGUGGUCUGCAGAAUCAUGUCCAAGUAGAUCAACCACUACCCAUCACGCCCAUUAGUUCGAGAGCGCCUCUGACAGAAUCACAACUGCCCAACCCAAUUGAAACUAAGCCUUUGAAUGUUGAUUAUGCAAUCAGCAGCUUUACUCAGGCAAGUCCAGUGAAAACGAGAAUCGACUCUUUUCCCGUUCCCACCAAAAGCCACACGGGAAAUCAACAAGCUAUUCAGCCCCCUUCCAUCAACACACCAAGCAUGAAAAAUCAGGGCUUCAACCCAAGCUGCAUUACCGAUUUGGAAUCUUCCCGGAGCAAUAUUUCUUCAACUGCCACCGAGUCCCCUUUUACAUCUCCAGAUGAGGUUCUACAGGUUGGAUGGCUUCAGGAUUACUCCACAUGCCUUGGACUCCAAAACAUAGAGCUUCUGGAUUUCGGGGACCCAAGCAUCGUAGCUGAAGUUCCACUGCACUUAUACGCUGCCCUGAAGUUCGACUACGAGCAACUCUCCGACCAAUCGGAGUUGCCUGUAAUAAAUCAAGGUCUGUUCAUAGCAUGACCAAUGCCCUAGUAGGAUCUGUCGCUUCUAGAAUGUCUGCUGAUGAUCCGUCUGAAAGUUUUGCUUCAUCUUUAAGGAUUGCGCUUGUCAUCUUCCUAAUAAGCUUUUAGGAGAUUUGAUUAUGGACACGUGUACAAUGGUGAAGAUUGGCAGAUGCUAAGCUAAACGAAGCUUGCUUCUCCAAGUUUGGUCGA